CCGCAGCGAGCGGGCUGGGUUACUCGGUGUCCGCGCUGCUGCGCCUUUGGAUGGCUCUGCGCGGCCGGGCGAGGGCUCCGUCCGUUCCGACCCUGAACUAGCUUUUGGAGGGACCUUCCUUUCUGUGCCUGGCCGGCUUCUUUGGACAGAAGGAGGAGUGCCCCCCCCCCCCAGGGCGGAAUCUGACAGGCAUGUCCGACGAGGCGCUCCUGAGCAUGGACGAAGGCACGCUCCGGAAACUGCUGGAGGCCACCCUGGACUUGGCUGAGCGCAGGCAGAUCCGUUCGGCGAUCCGGGAACUGCGCCGGCAGGAGCUGGAGCGCGACGAGGAGGCGCUGGCGUCCAAGCGCUUUCGGACGGAGCGGCAGGAGAACAAGGAGAACCGGCUGAGGUCCUGGCAGCGAGAGGAGGAGCAGCGGCAGCAGAAGUCCCUGGACGCCCUUUCGAGAAAGCUGGAGACCAUCCAGGAUGUGGAGGAGUUGACCAGCUUGCUGCGAGGAACCAGCGAAUACGAGGAACGGAAACUCAUCCGAGCUGCUAUCCGCCAACUGCGCGCUGAAGAAAUUGAAGCUGCAAAGUUGGCGGAGAAAGCUUUUAAUCACCGGAGGGUCACCGACACGGCUCGGGCAUCGAGUGAGCAAGAGGAAAACGCUGCAGGGGACAGAAACGCCCAGGUGCGGAACCGAGCAGGGAAGGAGUUGGUUCCAAGCCAGAUCCAGGAGCCGCUGGAUCCCAAGGCGGCUGAUGAUCCAGAGUCUUCCUCGGGGACCAUUCUGCUCCUGGAAGCCGUGCCCAGCCACCGGCCUUCCGAGUCUGCUCCUUCCCCAGGCCAGGAGGCGAGCGGUGAAGACCUUGGGCCCAAUUCCCGUGACCAGGAUUCAGGCCCCCAGCCACAGCCGCCGCCGCCUUCGGAGGAGGAGGAGGAGGAGGAAGCUGGAGGCCUGGCACCCCUCAAAGUCCAGGAGGGGCUGAACUCCUCCGGAGGAGAAGCCGCCUCUCCAACCAGGGAAGAGGAGCCGCUGGAGAUGGUCAGCGUUGGGAGGGACAUUCCCCCCAAAGAAGGGUCUCUCCUGAGCCAGAAGAGAGAGGUUGUGCCUCAGGCCCCAGAAGAGAGAGGAGGAGGUGCUGCAGGCCAGGAGGGAGACAGGGAAGCAACCGGAGCCUCCCAAAGGGUAGAAACGGACAGCUACGAAGCUCCUACAAAGCCACCUAGUGCAGAGCCUUGCCGGGAGCAGCCCUUCCAAAGAGCCAGCUCCAUCCGGGAGCGGGCUCGCCAGUUCAUCUCGGACUCCGCAAACCCUCCAGCUGCACCCCAGAAGGGAGAGAAGGCUGGCAGAGGGCAGCAUCUUCCACCUUCCCGGCACGCGGCCAACUCACCCUUGAGGGACCGUGGCGGCACUGCCAUUCGGACGCUCCGGCCCAGCAGUGAAGCGCAGGACGCGGCCCGGACGGUCCCUUCUCACGCCAAGGCUGGGCCGGGCAGGCCCCCUUCGCAGGCUCCGUCCGUCCCUAAAGAGGCCGGCGGCCCCCAAGGGCGGUUCCAGGGCAGCCAAUGGCAGGAGAGGAAGCUGGCCCCCGCCCGGUCCGGGGUUGAAAACUCCAAGGGUGCCCCCACAGGCUCAGAGGUGGUCCGUGGCCAGCAAAGCGGCUGUGCCCACGGCCUGGCAGGCUCCCUGGUCCGCCCUCCAGCUGCCCACCCUGACGACGAGAUGAAGACCCUGCUGACCAUUGAAAUCAAGGACAGCCGGCAUCAGCCUCUGCGGGGCCACCUGGCGGGACCCCCCGGGAACCAGCGAGCAGAGCUGACCUUGGGGCUGAGGAACUCCCCGCUGCGUAUCACCCCCUCCAGCCAUGGCGGCUCCAGCGGCAGCUUUGAGAAGGCUUUCGAUAGUUAG